CCCGAAGAAGCUCGUACGAUUCGAUUCCAUCGUCGAUACGUUCUCCAUUUCCGAUUCAAAUGCUAUCACCAAUCAGAGGAAUCUUCAGCGCAACGAAAGCCCUUUGUUAUAAUCUCUUAACCUUUCGAGAAAAGAAUGAAAAAAAAAAAAGGAAAAAAGAAAAGAGGAAAUCUCAGGCCGUGGAUCAAAGGGACAAUCCGUGGACAAAGCGCUUAUUAGAAUUAGUUGAAAAAUACGUGUGCUACGAGCACGAAAUCCAUUUCCUAUGGCAUAAAGAGAAUGAGAAUGGUGUACAAGAAUGGUAUCCAUUUCAAAAACUGCCUAUCUUUUUGCCAGAAAUUGAAUUAAUUUAUACGUUGUUAGAAGAAAAUUAAUUACAUUCUUUUGUAUAUGUUCAAUGUCGUUUUUUCAAUAAAGUUACGUUAUUAAAAUAA